GCCACUAAUUGCCCACACAUCCAGUGAAAGAAUCACAAGUGAUACGUUGGGUCGACUCUCACGGGUAAACAUACCCGUACCCGUGGACACUCCACUUUCCAAAAGCGUCAUCCAUCUCUCACAUGGCGCAUUUAUGCUCUCAGGUUCUAUCCACUUCCUUCUUCACUCCCAAACCUCAGAUUCCAGUUCUGUUGAGUCCCGGCGUAGCUUGUAUCAAAAGCUUUCAUCAGUAUAGGUUUUUGCACGUCAAGGCGAUGCAAGACGGUAAGUUUGCCACGCCUACGUCGUGCGAUGAGUCCAAAGUUAGAGUUCCUCAUGUUCUGACGGUUGCCGGGUCCGAUUCCGGCGCCGGCGCCGGAAUUCAAGCGGAUAUCAAGGCUUGUGCUGCUCGGGGAGUGUAUUGCUCCACUGUGAUCACGGCUGUUACUGCUCAAAAUACCGUAGGGGUUCAGGGUGUGAACAUUGUGCCGGAGGAUUUUGUAGCAGAGCAGUUGAGAUCGGUCCUUUCCGAUAUGCCGCCCAAUGUUGUAAGUAUAUCAUGCAUGCUUCCGUCAACUGGCAUAGUGAAAACCCUCUGUCAAAGUCUGAAGGAAUUCCCCGUACAAGCCUUGGUGGUUGACCCUGUUAUGGUAUCCACAAGUGGACAUACAUUAGCUGGUCCCUCUAUUUUGGAUAGCUUUAGGGAGGAGCUUCUUCCCAUGGCCGAUAUAGUGACCCCAAAUUUGAAAGAGGCUUCUGCUUUACUAGGCGGUGUGCCAUUGGAAACAAUUGCCGACAUGCGUUCUGCUGCAAAAGCAAUACAUGACAUUGGUCCAAGAAAUGUACUCGUGAAAGGAGGCGAUCUCCCUGCUUCUCUUGAUGCUGUGGAUGUGUUUUAUGAUGGGAAUGAUUUCUAUGAGUUUCGGUCCUCACGCAUAAUGACACCAAAUACACAUGGAACUGGCUGCACUUUGGCUUCUAGUGUUGCAGCUGAACUAGCAAAGGGUUCUCAAAUGCUUUCUGCUGUUAAGGUAGCUAAACGCUAUGUUGAAGCUGUUUUAUCUUAUAGUAAGAACAUUGCCAUUGGAGGCGGGUGUCAAGGUCCUAUGGAUCAUCUGUUGAAGCUUAAAAGUAACGUUCAGCGGCGACGUUUUGAUCCUUCUGAUCUCUUUCUCUAUGCUGUUACUGACUCAAGGAUGAACAAAAAGUGGGGUCGUUCAAUAGUUGAUGCAGUAAAGGCUGCCAUAGAAGGAGGUGCCUCCAUUAUUCAGCUGAGGGAAAAGGAGGUUGAAACUGGUGAUUUUCUGGAAGCAGCAAAAGCUUGUUUAAAAAUAUGCCGAGUUCAUGGUGUUCCUCUGCUGAUUAAUGAUAGGAUUGAUGUAGCUCUUGCUAGUGAUGCUGAUGGUGUUCAUAUUGGACAGUCUGACAUGCCUGCUCAUGUUGCGCGGGCUCUUCUUGGGCCUGACAAAAUCAUUGGUGUAUCAUGCAAAACACCGGAGCACGCUCAGCAAGCAUGGAUAGAUGGGGCUGAUUACAUCGGCUCUGGUGGUGUAUAUCCUACCAAUACCAAAGAGAACAAUAAAACAAUUGGUUUGGAUGGUCUAAAAACUGUUUGUGUGUCUUCCAAAUUACCAGUUGUAGCCAUUGGCGGCAUAGGCAUGUCUAAUGCGCAGGCUGUAAUGCAACUAGGGGUCCCAAACCUGAAAGGCGUUGCUGUUGUAUCUGCUCUGUUUGAUAGGGAAUGUGUUAUGACUGAGACCAGAAAGUUACUUGAAGUGCUCAAGGAGUCUACCAAAAUAGCAAAAUGAAGAAAUGCUGGUGAUCACCAUACAUUCUCUUACAGGCAAUGCUACCCCGAUUUUUGUUACUAAAAUAUUUCUUGAUCAAAUUUUUGGAAGUGAACUUUGGUCUAGAGAAGUUAAUACAGGCACCGGAAUGUUGAUAUCCUUUUGUCAAUGCUGUGCUAGAGAGGUUUAUGAUAUUUCACUUAUCUUCUACAGUUUACUGUACGUAUUCAUUGCCAAGGUUGAUGUUUUACUUUUCUUUUCAAGAUAUUUUUGAAGUCAUAUGCCUCUCAUAGAUUUCUGACCUUUGUUAUAUUAUUCCUCGCCAUUUCAGAUA